AAAUAGAAAAAAAAACAAAAUCUUCAUUUCUUCGCUCUUUGCAUCUGUUUACUGUUCAGUCUCGUCUCUCCUUUUUUCCUCUAAUGGCGACCGGCGCUGCCUCAUUUUCGUUGUUAGGUGCAACUCAUGUCAAAGCAUGCGAAGCUUGGUCUGGAAAGUCCUCCUCAUUUGUCAAGACACCUAUGGUGGCUAUUCAAAGGAAAUCAAACUCUCAGGGAACAAAUGCUGCCAAGUUGUCUAUUCGUUCAGACUACAGUGAUCGAAGAGGUGGAGGUGGCGGCGGUGGUGAUUUUGUUGCUGGUUUGCUUUUGGGAGGUGCAAUAUUUGGAACGCUUGGCUAUAUAUUUGCUCCACAGAUACGGAGGUCAUUGCUCAAUGAAGAUGAAUAUGGUUUUCGGAGAGCCAAGCGACCAAUAUACCAUUAUGAUGAAGGUUUAGAGAAAACUAGGCAGACUUUGAACAAAAAGCUAGAUCAACUGAAUAGUGCCAUUGACAAAGUAUCUUCGCGGUUGAGAGGUGGUAACAAAAUGCCUCCAGUGCCUGUUGAGACUGAUCCAGAAGAAGCUACUAUGUGAGAACUGGUUUUAUUUUCCCCCUAUUAAUCAUAGGAUUAUACAGAGGUGGAAAUACGGGGCUACUGAAAUUAUGUGGUAUAUCUUAAACGGAUCUUGAAUUUUCCAGUCUUACCAGACUUUUAUCGUCGUUUUGAAUCUUUUGGGAGGUUUGAUUGUGGAACAUUAAAGAAAGAAAACAGAGCAUAAAUUUCCAGAGCUGA